UUUGAAUUUAUUAAUCAAUUAGUCUAAAAAUAUAAAGAUAUAUGACGAUUUUAUUCAUGAAUAUACUUGAGACUAACAUGUUGAAGUAUUCUUAUCAAUUUUGCACAUAUUCAUAACGGUUUAGUGAAUGCUAUUCACUAAGCUUAACUAAAUGCUCCUUAGUGCGUGCAAGUUUUAGAGCAGUGCAAUGUUUGACUGCCCAUCGAUGGAUGGGUAUAAAAAUCAGUAAGACGUUCCGUUUUGCCUUACAACUAUGGUCUAUUAAAGCUAGUAGUAAACAGCAUAAUAGGUCUAAAUGUACUUGAAUAGAAAACUAUCUGAAAAAGGAAAGUGAUACUCAACAACCAUGACGAGUUUGAUUUACUAAACACAACGAUAAAUAAAAAAAGAUGGUAAGUGAUACUGGUUGAUAACACGAACCUCUCAUUACUUUUUUUUGAAGUCAAUGUUUGAUCUGUGACUUAAUGGUUAGAGGACUUGAAUUUUAACAAAUAAGUAGGAGUUUUGAACCAUAUAUACUUCUGUUUACGCACCUCAGUAGUAUAUCUAGCUCUCAGAGUGUGGUUAAAAACCGAGUACAAAAAAUAUUUAUGAGUUGCAAGCAAUUUACUAUAUUUUUAUUUCGAAACAAUUAAAUAAUGUAUGGCCACAGAAACAGCUCCAUUUAAUUUGCCAACACAAGGAAUUCCAAGGAAGCUACUGGAGUGCGAAAGACAUAGCGCUUAGUUGAUGCGUGGGGAGAAAUGAGAAGACGGAAUUAACCAGAGACAUGUGAUGCAUUUUCACAACACAUUUGAACAGUCUGAUAACACGUAUGCCUUGAAACAUACUUCAUUGGAAAAAUGUUGAACAAAUACACAGUGAUAAAUAGGAACACAAGUAACAAUGCAAAACAUAACUAGUAAAUUGUUAUACCAUUGCAGGUUUUGAAGUAGAUGAAGGAUUGUUAGGCCAGACUCACGGUGAACACCAAGUCAGUCAGUAACAACGUCGAACAUCGGUUGGAGCUGCCAUACCAUAUUAUCACAGGUGCAGUUGUCGAUUCAUGAACACAAAGUAUUUUUAAAUGUACACUUAGAAGCUCCUAAUAAAACCAACCCUGUGACCUAUCUCAAUGCUUUUGCUGUCAAGAUCCCUCGUUUUCUACUCCGUGUAUAUACAGGAAUAUUCUAAUCCAUCCUGAAGAUUUUUAAGCACAUGAAUCAAUACCCUCUUCCAUAGAUUUUGUUUGCUUAUCACUCAUAGUUUCGACAUGUAUUUGAAAUAAUAAAUACUAAACAAUUAGACUUGCAAGAUUCAGAGGCCUAUGUGGAUUUACAGUUUCAGUAUUUCUGACAAAAUACCAAUUGAUAGCAUUGGUUUAGAAAUUAGUCCGUUUAAGUGUCCUACACGUGGUAACUGAUUGUAAACCUUCGCCCUUCGAUUAAAAACUAACCUGUUCAUAUAUCGAUAUCUCCGCACAAACUAAAAGAAAUCUGAUGGAUAUAUAUCCAUCAGAUCACAUAUGUGAUCAACAUUGGCCCUGGAACUACAAAUCUCUUGGAACAAACGUCUUACUAAACCUAAGACUGCACGUAAGAAACGUGUUUUCGUUAACACCAGUACUGUUGAGCAGACUAACACUGUAUAAUCUAUGACUCUGAUUUUGUUUAUGUCUUAGUUACAACGGAAGCUGAGUUACCUAUGUUAGACGGUGGAAACACAGGAUUUAUAUCUGUUCCUAUCAUUCUAUUGAUUACAUUUGAUAGCAAUUUAGACAUUUCAUCUUAUCAUGCUGAGCCUCUCCCAAUUAUCAUUUCCGUAUCUGUCUUUUGAUGAAUAUUUAAGCUAUUAACAGCCAAACGAUCACUAGUUUCCUUGUUAAAACUAUUUAUUAUCUUUGUUUACUUAGCCCUACUGUCACUAAGUCUAACAAAGUUUAUUAGGAUUAUUAUUGUAAUUGCAUUGUUUGACCGCGCUAUUUAAAAAGGACAGUGGUAUUUUUCCUCGCUGAGUAAAUUUCAUUGUUUUGAUCGUUUAUUACGUAUCAAGACUACUGUUUUUCACUUUAAUUGAAUUUAUUUCAGUUAAAGUAUUCGACUAAAGUAUCGUUUUUACUGUUUUGUCGUUGGUACUCUUUAGUACCACUUUUUCAACUGUAUCUGUUAGUACUUUUGGUCCUAGCAAUCUACAGCUCUUCACUUUUUUUGGUCAUUGAUAAUUUUUUUGUUUCUGGGUAUCAUCGCAUAUUGAAAAAACCCCUCCUAAAUGACCGGACAGUGUAAAAAAAGCAGUUGCCAACGUCCGGGUUGUCGUUAUCCUGUUGAAAGUGGCAUGCAGUGCGACGAGUGCAAAGGCUGGUACCACGAAGUUUGCACGAACUUAACGCCUGCUGCUUUCAAACGGUUCAGUAAGAAGGGUUGUGUGUGGCUUUGUCAACAGUGCUGCUCGGAUGCAAACAGCUUGUUAACCGAGGCUAUCUCACUGGUUGAUGCUGCCAAGAAGUGUUUCAACAAGCAUAGUCGGAACGCGUCAAACAGCACUCGAUCUGUUGACACGCAAAUCAAUGUGAAGGAAACUAAGGUGAGUCCGGUGAUCGAUGACUCACGCCCGUCGAAGAAGGAAAAGCAGUCUCCAAAGGGGUCUGCCUUAAAAAAAAGCUCAAGAAAAGUAGGGUCUUCUGUUCCCCGUCUCCCAGAUGGGAUCCAACAGGAAACACCUAGGAGCCGCAAUCGCAAGGCUCGAUCGGUUUCAAAUGGUAAACAUAACACGACCCCUCAGGUCGUCGACAACCCCCCAAAACCCAACACUAGUUUUGACGCAACUGCUAUUGCUUCUACCAGCAGCGUUAACGAAUGGGUAAAGGUUGUAAGGAAGAAAAGUAUUGAUAUAAAAGGGAAACCUGCCCCCGUAAAAGUGGUUGAAAAAUCGAAAGCUGAUCAUAGCGACAGAUCAGCUAUUUUUCAUAGAAUUAAGGAGAGCGAUAGCUCUGAACCUAAAGCUCGUUUUGAGCAUGACAUUGUACUGAUUAGGCAGCUGCUUAAUCAACUCAUGCCUCAAAAUAUGACCCGAGUCACCUUGCUAAAGGUGUAUAGACUAGGGAGUCUAACGGACUCGAAACCAAAUCAUUCCAGACUGCUUAAAGUAGUAUUCGGCUCUUCAAACGAACGUGACCUGAUUUUACAAAAUGGACACAAAUUAAAGGGUUCGGGAGUCUUUAUCCGAAAGGACCUACCGUUGGCAGACCGUGUUAAAAGACGGGAAGCCGAGAAAGAACUACAACAUAGGUUAGACGCUGGCGAAAAGGACCUGAAAAUUGUAAAUUUUCGGGUUGUAAGACUUCGACAGAGAAUGAUGCCGAAGCCACUCUGGGUGAAGCACGAAGGCACUUAA